AUGCGACAUCUAGGACCUGCUGCAAGAGUGCCUGUUGAUCCUGAAAUAGAGAAGACUUGUAGACUGAACAAAAAAAGCAAGAGAUUGGAAAGAAGAGCUGAAAGUGAAAGAAUUGAAAUAGAAAUGGCGGAUCUGAUAAAUGGUAAUAAUGGGGGUGCUGUUGAAGACCAAGCUAAUGGCCAGAAUCAACCUGCCAGAAGCUUGAGGGAUUAUGUAUUGCCCACCAUUACAGGGGUUCAGUCUUGCAUCAGACCACCCACUAUAGAUGCCAAUAAUUUUGAGAUAUACCCUGCCAUUUUUCAAAUGGUUCAAUCUACUAUUCAGUUUGGGGGACUACCAACUGAAGACCCAAACAUGCAUCUUGCUAAUUUCGUUGAGCUCUGUCAGACAUUCAAGAUGAAUGGAGUUAGUGAUGAUGCAAUCAGACUCAGAUUAUUUCCAUUUUCUCUGAGGGAGAGAGCCAAGAGUUGGUUGGUAUCUUUGCCACCUAACUCAAUCAAUACAUGGAAUGAUCUUGCACUGAAGGUUCUCUCCAAGUUCUUUCCUCCAGCCAAGGCAGCUAAGCUGAGGGGGGAGAUCAACAACUUCUACCAGCUGGAUAAUGAAUCUCUAUAUGAGGCGUGGGAGAGAUUUAAAGACCUGAUAAGGAAGUGCCCGCAUCAUGGGAUAGAGAGAUGGAUGUUAGUCCAUAACUUUUAUAAUGGGUUGUGUGGUACCACUCGCACCCUCAUUGAUGCAGCAGCUGGUGGGGCAUUUAUGAGGAAGAGCGCCAAUGAGGCGUAUGAUUUGUUAGAAGAAAUGGCCAAUAAUAAUCAACAAUGGCCAAGUGAGAGAGGUAACUCAAAGAAAGUGGCUGGUUUGCAUGAGAUUGAUGCAAUAUCUAAGUUAACUGCUCAAGUUGAGGCUUUGACUAAACAGUUGCAAGGCAGUACAAUGGCAGCCCUCGUGAUGCAAGCUCAAACAAUGUGUGAAUUAUGUGGGGGUCCUCAUACUUAUGAAAAGUGCCAAUAUGCGGAUCAACCACAGCAGUCAUUUCAGCAACCACCUCAAGGGUUCUAUCAACAGAGAUUCAGGCCUCAACAACAACCACCUCAGCCACCUAUGCAACAACAACAAAAUCCUGUGAGACAGCCUGAUACUUAUUCUAAUGUUCUUAAUCAAUUCAUGACUGAGACACGGUCUUCUAUUAGAAAUUUGGAGACUCAGAUAGGGCAAUUGGCUACUCUUAUGGCCAACUGUGCUCAAGGUGACCUGCCUAGCACAACUGAGGGCACAUUGGAUCAGAAGCAAGAUGAGAACAAGGUUACUGAAGACCUAUCAGUCAAGGAAGCUACACUGCCAGUCAGUACUGAUCAUCAUAUUAAGAUUCCCUAUCCUCAAAGGCUCCGCAAGAACAACUUAGAUAAGUCGUUUUCGAAAUUUCUGGAAGUAUUCAAGAAACUGCAUAUGAAUAUUCCAUUUGCGGAGGCUGUAGAGCAGAUGCCCAGUUACGUGAAAUUCAUGAAAGACAUCCUGUCUAAGAAAAGAAAAAUGGGAGAAUAUGAAAUUGUGGCAUUAACUGAAGAAUGCAGCGCUAUUCUGCAAAGGAAACUCCCUUAG